AUGACGAUGUUGUGGGUCGGAAAAGGCACCAAGGUUGGUGGCAUUGGGAAGAAAAGCGAAAUCGGUUUGACUCGCGUGUUGACCGCGUUGAAAAACGCGUUCGUGGAGGUCGAGGUUGAGGUUGUGGUUGUGGUUGUGAAUGUUCUAGAAUAUUCUAGGGCAUGGCGGUUGAAGAAGAGCGAGGGGGAGGAGAGGCUGGAGGCGGAGCUGCGGGCGGAGAGGUUGAGCGAGGUGAAGUUCGCCGGGAUGGUGCCGGUGCCCGUGGCGGCGACCACCGCGGGCUCCGCCUGCCGGAGCAGCCACUCGAUGGUUUCCCCGUCGGACCUGUGGCCGAGCUCGCGCGUCAGCUGGAAGACCCUGGCCGCGCAGGCCGCCGGCAUCCGGAUCCGCCGCCCCCGCCCCUCCACCUUGGUGUGGCGGUCCUUGGUCGCCGGGCGCUUCUUGGGCGGCGCGUCAGGCUCGUCUUUUUUCUGCAAGAGCUGUAGUGGGCCACUGGGCUUGCAAAUGGCGUCUUCCAUCAUGUGAUGUGUUAUGAUAUCAUAUACGAAUGAAUCCAAAUAUCCUCUCUCUCUGAGGAACUUUGAAAAUGGAAAAUGGAAAAACGAAGUGGGGUUUGUUUGUAGUGAUGUUGUGUGUGGCUAAGUGAACAUGGAGGUGGCAGCUGAAUUGUUCUCUUUUUCCAGAGAGAAAGGGUGAAAGAGAGAGAAAGACAACAAGCGAGAACAGGGGAAGCUAGCUUUAAGCGACAUAAAUAAUGAGUGCUGAUAAUAGUACUGCUCUAUAUUUUUAUCAUUUUAAUAAAUAAAAAUUGUAUUACUUUUA